AAAAAUAGCAGCUAAUCACUAUUUGUAAUGUUACUAGCUCGACCAAUACUAAGUGGACAUAUAGGGUGAUGUUAGUCUAUAAUUAGGCCGCUUUAAAGUUACACUUGAGUGAUAUUAUAUCCAUCAUCAUUUUGCAAUACUAUUGAAAAUACACUAAAGGAUAUUAAAGAGUUACUCAUACGCUACAUAUUUACACUGGGAGAAUAAAAUGGCCGCUUCUUGUACACAGGGGACAGUGGAGGCUUGCAGUCCGUUUUCGGCGGAACAGGCAGCUGCCGAACUGAGGAAAGCAAUGAAAGGGCUCGGUACGGAUGAAGCCAAAAUCAUUGAAGUCAUGGCCAAACAUAAUAAUCAACAAAGACAAGAAAUUGCACUUUCGUUCAAAACACAGUAUGGAAAGGAGCUGAAAGCGGAACUGAAAUCCGAGCUUGGUGGAAGGUUUGAAGAUGUGGUGUUGGCAAUGCUUGAGAAACCAGUGAACUAUGACGCCAGGCAGCUAAAAGAGGCCAUCAAGGGUCUAGGUACUGACGAGGGAACACUUAUAGAAAUUCUUUGCUCAAGAUCAAAUGCCCAAAUUCAGGCAAUCAAACAGGCUUAUAAAACUUUGUUCAAAAGUGACCUUGAAAAAGACGUGAUGAGUGACACAAGCGGACAUUUCAAACGUUUACUUGUAUCCCAGUUAUCAGCCAACAGAGAAGAAAAUCCAAACGUUGACCAGGCGAAAGCUGUUGCGGAGGCAAAGGAACUUUUUGAUGCAGGUGCUAACAAAUUUGGAACAGAUGAGUCGACAUUUAACAGAAUUUUGUCGUUACGUAGUUACCCGCAGCUGGUAGCCACUUUCGACGCCUACCGUGCCAAUCAUGGCAGAGAAAUAGAGAAAGACAUCAAGUCGGAAACCAGCGGUUUCUUGCAGGAGGGAUAUCUUGCCGUCGUGACUAUUGCACGUAAUACACCGGAGUAUUUCGCAGAGAGAUUAUACAAGAGUAUGAAAGGUGCAGGAACCAAAGAUAAAGUCUUGAUUAGAUGUGUCGUGUCACGAUCAGAGAUUGACAUGGUACAAAUUAAACAGGAAUUUCAGAAGAAAUAUGGUAAAACACUAGGCAGUUUCAUCAAAGGUGACUGCAGUGGGGACUACAAGAAAAUGUUGCUUGCCUUGUGUAAAGAGGCUUAGAUAGUUUACCGUAUUUAUCUAAAUAGGGACACGCUUCAAGAUAGUCGUCAUUAUUGUGAUUGUAUUGUAUAGCUUGUCUGAUGGAUUUAUUUAUAGAUACUGUAACAUGACGCUGCAUAGUUUCUUAACCUUCUGGCAAAGGCUUUGAUUUAAUGGUGAUAAAUUCAAGAACAUUGACAUGGCAUUGAUAAGAAAUGUUUGAUGUUGAUACAAGAUUAACUAGAUGUCCUCUAUCACAUUUUGAAGUAUCAUUUCUCUCAUAUCUACUAACUGUUGAAGUGUAUGUGCGUACUAGACGGAAGCGAUUUAUAACUUAACUUAAUGUCGAUAAAAGCAUUUGUGUAUGUAUCCACACAACCAAGACUAUCACAUUUAGUAUAAAAAGUCCACUACGUGCAAUAAAUGAUAUAUGUUGCCUGCUUGUGUAACUAAAUGAAGUUUCAUUUUCUAAAAACAAAUGCCAAAUGUUAUUGCACUGUUUUUUUCUGUCUUUUUAUAUUUGUGUUAUUUAAACUUAAAGGGAAUUAAAUCUUUGAAGAUAA